AUGUCCAUCCAACUCGAUAGAAUUCGAACGGCGGAAGCCUUGCAUACUAUUUUGAAGCAAUGUGGAUCGGAUCCUCAACUUGUACGUGACUCCCAUAUACAUCUCGUUAUCACUACUAGUAAACCCAUUGGCAUUAAGAACGAUCAUAUCCCACGUAUUAUCCCAUUGAACCAUUGUAAACUAUCGAAGCCAUCUGAUAUGCGUAUUCUUCUGGUUGUCAAGGAUCCUAGCACUUUCUAUCGCAACUCUUUAAAGGCAGAUGAAUCAACUGCAGAGAUGUUUGCAGAUAUCAUCAGUGUUAAGAACUUGAAAACAAAAUACAAAGGAUCUAAAUUAAACAAGUUAUUCAAAGAUUACGAUAUGGUCAUGGCAGACUACUGCGUUCACCAUCUACUUCCUCAUAUUCUCGGCUCUGCAUUUUACAAGUCUAACAGAAAGAUACCGUUCAUGCUACAGAUGUCUCGCCAGGUGAAGAAGCCACGAACUAAGAUGGUUCAAGAAUGUGAUACAAAAUAUAUACGGGCCCAGGUUAGGAGCAUAUGCAAAAAUACAUGGUAUGUUCCUAACCCAGACAAUUGUUUAACAGUACGUAUUGGUAAUGUCGGCGUCCACAAGCCCGAUGAGAUGACUUAUAAUAUCCAGGAUAUUAUUAACUUCCUCUGUGAUAAAAGUAAAAGGCCCCAAGGAGGAUGUAUACGUGGUGGUAUAGAUUCGUUAUUUAUUAAGACCAGUAAUAGUACCAGUCUUCCUAUUUAUAAAAGAGCCAAAAGCACAACUGAUAUGGACAUUGUGCCCAAGUUAUAG